AUGCGUUUCGCAGCGGCAAUUUUCAUCUCUCUCGCCGUCGUGCUGAGCUCCGUCGCGGCUCUUCCGCUCGGCAAGGCAUCUCCUUGGAGCAUCGCCGCAAGAGACAAUGAUGAUGGGCCCAACAUCGGUAGUCAAGCGUUUGCGCUGACUGUGGACAGCGUCAAUCAGCAACUCGACACCUUCGCCGCAGGCUUCCAACAAUUCCUCGCUGGAGAUUUCGAGCAAGGAGAGACGCUUCAGCUGCUUUUGAACGACCUUACGGAUAGUAUCCAUGCAGGAGCAGACGCUCUAUCGGACCCGGCAGUCCACAUCGAAGGCAAAGAAGUGCAGGGCGUUCAAGCGCUCUUGAAUCACGCCGAAUCCACUGUCAAUGCUACGAUCGAGUCGUUGAUCGAGGCGCAGUACGCUCUGCUGAUGGUCGGCGCAGCCAAAUACAUCUACAAAUCCCUCCCAGCUCUCGGUCGAGCCUUCGAAUCCUUCAAAGAUCUCUCCUCCAUCCAAUCCUACUCCCACGAACACUCCCAGUCCGACUUUAGCGCCGAGGUGCACAAGAAGCUGGACAGGAUCGUGGGUUGGAUCAAUGUGGGAUUGAACGCUUUUGGAAGGGAGCGCAUUUCGGCUGCGUGGAUCGAGGAAAAGGGAAUCGCGCCUUGCGAUCAGUACACGGACAAGGGUGUCGUUUGCAAGCCGAAGGAGGAGCACUUGGAGAGCCAGGUGGUGCCCGAAGAGCAGACGCAGACGCAGGCGCAGGCGCAGGCGCAGAACCGGGAUCAGACGCAGAACCAAGACCAGACGCCCGGCCUCGGACCUGAUGGACAGCCUCUGCAGCUCGAGUCUGAUACCACGACCAAAGAUGCCCAGCCAGUGGCUCCACCGACCAAGACUAUCGACGGACAGCCAGAUUCCAAGUCGAACGGCGGUGACACACCUCAGCCAGAGACUCUCGAGCCCGGUCCUCCAGAGGAACCCUCGCGUCUCACACAAGCCGGCAACGAUGGUGCCGUCCCUCCCAAGUAG